ACACACUCUCCCUCUCGCAGGCGGAUGACACACACCUCAGUCCGCUGGAACUCCCUGAGCUUCGGACCUGUGUGUGAAUCCUGCGCGUUAAAGCCGCUGUAGAGUGUUUACUGUUGACUCGGGGUGUUUCUCAGAGUGUUGCUCAGAGUGUUUCUCGGGGUGUUUCUCACAGUGUUUAUUCCGGGUGUUUGCGCCACCAUGCCGCGGCGGACGGUCCAGGAUGUCACAGUUCAGGAUGUCCAGAAGAGGAGAAACCCCAGCAAACACUAUGUUUACAUCAUCAAGGUGUCGUGGUCCGACAGCAGCACUGAGAUCAUCUUCAGGCGUUACAGCAAGUUCUUCGACCUGCAGAUGGAGCUCCUGGAUAAGUUUCCUGUGGAAGGAGGACAGAAGGAUCCGAAGCGUAGGAUCAUCCCCUUUCUGCCAGGAAAGAUUCUGUUCAGGAGGAGUCACAUCAGAGACGUGGCCAUGAAGCGGCUGAGACCCAUCGACGAGUACUGCAGGGCUCUGAUCCAGCUGCCUGCGUACAUUUCUCAGUGUGAAGAAGUGCGUGUGUUCUUCGAGACUCGACCUGAGGACCUGAACCCCCCCAUCGAUGAACCCAUCGGGAAGAAGAAAUCGGGCAUUGUGCAGAGAGCGACUUCUUUCCUAAAGAGAGGAGACUCGAGCGGCGCCGACCCGCUGCUCCUGGAUCAGUACGUCGCCGUCACCGACUACGAGAAGCAGGAGAGCUCCGAGAUCAGCCUCCAAGUCGGCCAGGUGGUUGAGGUCAUCGAGAAGAACGAGUCGGGUUGGUGGUUCGUGAGUUCUGAGGACGCUCAGGGUUGGGUUCCUGCCACCUGUCUGGAGGCUCAAGACGAUCCUGACGAUUACAGUCUGCCUGCAGAAGAAGAAGAGAAAUACGCAGUGAUUUACCCGUACACCGCUCGCGAUCAGGAUGAAAUCGAUCUUGAGAAGGGAAUGAUGGUGGAGGUGACGGAGAAAAACCUGGAGGGCUGGUGGAAGAUCAGAUAUCAGGGGAAAGAAGGCUGGGCUCCGGCUUCGUACUUAAAGAAAUCUGAAGCCUCGAGCCAAAAGAUGUCAUCGCAUUCGAGUGCUAACGAUUUAGACGGAGCGUGUAAACAGCAAAGCAGCAACAAGGAGAAUAAAGAGAACCAGAGGGAGAGAUUCAGUCCUUUUAGUGACAACAAGAGAAGAGCAGAUGUGCGUCAGAGACUUCCACCACGCCGAGACCUUUCAAUACCUCGCGGGACAAACCUGCCGAAGCCACCGGUGCCUCCACAGGUGGAGGAGGAGUACUACACCAUUGCUGACUUUCAAACCACCAUCCCGGAUGGAAUCAGUUUCCAGGCGGGAGUUAAAGUCGAGGUCAUUGAGAAGAACUCAAGUGGCUGGUGGUACAUUCAGAUCGAUGAUAAAGAAGGUUGGGCUCCUGUCACCUUCUUGGAUAAAUACAAGAAGAGCAGCAGCGCAUCCAGGCCCAUUUUUUUAGCCCCUUUGCCUGGAGAAAUGGCUCAGCUAAAGCUAGAGGAUGGUCCCGAUAGUAAUAACAGCACAGAAGAUAACUGGUCCAAACCUCUCCCGGACGAGCCAUCCUCCACUGCAGACUUCGCCGCUCGUCCCAAACUGAGAGACUGGAAGUCCAAUGCCGCAAAGAACACCUCCCCUUUCUCCAAUCCGCUGCCUCCAGCACCUUCUUUACCUCCUGCUGAGGAGAAACCAGCCCUUCCACCAAGGAGAGAGUCCAUCAACAAGAGCCUGGAGUUAGAGGAGAAGCUUAAAACAGAUGUUUCCAAACCGCUUCCGCCCAAACCUCCAGCUCCGGGCGUCAUUGUGCCCCUGGUUUCCCCCAAACCAGCUCCAUUCAAAUCCGAAAAACCUCCUGAACCAAAGAAGGACGAAAAGAACAAACCCCUGCACUUGAAGAAUGAGAUGGGGUUGGAAUGCGGCCACAAGAUUUCCGCCAAGGAAGUGAAGAAGUUCAACUUGAAGCCGGUGCCGAAGCAGCCACCGAAGCCCAAAUCUGAAAAUCAAGAAGAGAAAGCGGAAUGUGCCAGUCCCGCUCCUUUCCUGAAACCAAAACCGGUUGUUAGACCAAAACCUCCACCAGCCGCUAAACCAGAACUGCCGAGCAAGAGCGAGCUCGAUAUCACCAACCUGAGGAGCAAGUUGCGUCCCUCCAAACUUCCUGACGCAGACUCCAGUCAGCAAAACGGAACUUCCUCGAAUAACGGCGAACCAAAAUGUCCGCCCAAACAGCAAAACGGCCACGAUUCGGUAGAAAUCCCUAAACCUCAAAUGCCUGGUCCUAGAGAACCACCUCAGAGACCCAGCUCUGCUCCGAGACGACCUCCACCACCAAAGAAAACUUCAGAGCCAGAAAACAAACGAAAUUCCACAGAGAUCAAAGCGCCUCUAAAGGACAUUCAGGAGAAUAAACAAGCCCAAACUUCUCAAAACCGACCGCCACCUCCGAAACCAAAAGCUGCCGCAACUCCGGCUUCCAAAGACAAGGAGGAAUCUCCAAAGGCGAAAGUCCCGGUACCUCCGAAACCGCUCGCUAAAACCGAUAAACCACUGCCGCCGAAAGACAAACUUCCUCCUCUCAUCAAAGAUCCAGCUAAGGAAGAGCUCUUUUUGGCGGUGGCGGACUUUGAAGGUGACGAUCAAACUCCGGGCUUUAAAGAAGGCGCGGUCUUCGAGGUGCUCGAGAGGAACACCACGGGUUGGUGGUUUUGCAAAAAUGUAAGCGAUGGUUCAAUGGCUGAGGGCUGGAUCCCCUCCAACUACUUAGCCAAGAAACACUAGGUACCUGUCUUUCAUAUCUAUUUAAUUAGUCUGUGUUAUUUAUGGGUACCUUUACAAUCAAAGUCUCUUUACAUUCCAUUCUUUUGCGAGUUCAAACACUGUUCGUUUGUGCUUGCGUUGCGUUUUUACUGUCCCUUUUUUUUUAGGGGCGUCGGGUGGAUUUCUUUUUUUUUUUGUGUGACAUUUCUUUGGGAGAAAGCAACAAAAGUGUCACACUGCUAAACCUGUAUUUUUAAUUUUUAUUCAUGCAUGCUAACCAAACUCAUACUAUUUUUAUAUUUAUAUAAUCUUUAGCUCUAUAACAGAUUAGCAAUAUACAUACAUAUGUGACUUCUUGCAGCCUUCUUGCUAUCUAUCGUGCCUCGAUUAUGUACGUAUUAAUAUUAACAAUAUUAAAAGCCAAGUUCUCAGAGCUUCUAAACGUUAGCAAAAAUGUCUCUGUGGAGGCGUUGGGGGGCAACUAGCCUUAUGCUUCCUUAUGCAACUAUCACAAUGCAGAAAACCUUUAUAAAAAGUGUUACACCAAAAAAAAAAAAAAAAUUUAUACUGCCUAACUUUUAAUUAUUAUUAUUUUUUUUUAAGUUUUAAUCCAUCUUCAAGCCUCAUAUAAGGAAUUUUGCUGCAAUGCUUCAACUUGCACAUUUUUACAGGGAUGCAUGGCUAGCAGCUCACAUGCUAACACAACAUGUUUUGAAAUAAAGUGAUGAACGACUCAUUUCAUCAAUGCGUAUUAAUAAACACAUUUUCGUACGCCGUAUGGGAAAUACAAUGUUAGUGAUGCAUCCCUAAUUAUUUUUUUUUUUACUUUUUAAGAGAUGAAGUUCACAGAUUUCAGUUCUGUGGCACUGAGAACAGAAUGACAGCAAUCAAAAACCUAAAACUAAUCUAAUCUAAUAAUGGGCAAAGUUUUAAUAAUUUUAAUAAAUCUUGGGGGAAAAAAAAACCUCUUCGGUUCUGUUCAGCAGUGUUGCAUUACUGACGAUGGUGCUUACAUUCAGUAUUUUAUGAUCAUUUUCGUGUUUAACCUGUUUAACAUGUGCGUACUUGACUGGUUUCAAGUAUACUUUUUAGUGAGUUAACACUACAUUUUGUUUUUAUUUGUAGAUUGUGUUGGGUCGCUUUUAAAGUGUCAAUGUUUUUGUGCUAGAUUUUUGCGUCUUUUACACGAGAAAAGUUUGACGAUGCUCAGAGUCACGCCUCCACAAAAUUUACAGUGUAAAAUAACAGUAUUAACAGUUAUUUUU